AUGAAGUUCUUCAGCACCAUCUUCUUCCUCUCCUUCUUCGCCCUGGCCUACUCCGCCGCCCUCAGCAAGCCCGACAUCGAGUAUGAAGUCGCCAAGCGCGAAAUAGAAGCCUCCAACGCCAAAUUCGUACCCGGCCUGCUCCCCGACGGCAAGAAUUCCGUCGCGGUAUACGAAGGUGAUGUCUUCGAGGGCACCAUCUCCGAGGGCGAAAACGGCGAGGUCAUCGUCAAGGAUGCAUACGGAAAUAUCGUCAACGUGGACGAUGACGACGAAGAGGGAGACCUGGAAAAGCGGAUCAUCCUCGCCGUCAUCAGAGUCUUCGCCGUCUUCAUCAGGAGGUUUGGACCGCGCGCGUGGGCCUUCCUCAGAUGCGUCGGCCUUGAGUUUGCCGUCAACCAGUGUGCGAACAAGAUCCUUGGUUGUGCUCAGCGCGGUACCGAGGCAUUCGAGUGCCUUGGUGGCAUCGUCUGCGCGGACGACCUCCCUGAAGCGGACACUGUGGAUGGUUGUUGCGACGACGAGAAGAACGAUGAGAUUGCGAGGAUAGUAUAUGGUUGA